AACAACCAUGGUCCCAGAACUCCACCAAACCGACCAAUUCAUCCUUUUCGGCGACAGCAUCACACAACGCAGCUUCAACCAAGACCGCGGCUUCGCCUUCGGCGCCGCCCUCACCGACGACUACGUCCGCCGCCUCGACAUAAUCAACCGCGGCUUCUCAGGCUACAACACGCGUCAAGCCCUCCACAUCCUCCCCCACAUUCUCCCCUCGCGAUCACAGUCGCGCGUGAGAUUUUUGACUUUGUGGUAUGGCGCCAACGACGCUCGAUUACCCCACACUCCGGGUGAACCUCAACAACAUAUUCCAUUGGAGGAAUUUGUGCGCAAUACGAAAAUUAUGCUUACGCAUCCGGAUGUGAGAGGUCAUGAAGGGAUUCGAAUUGUGCUGAUGACUCCUCCUCCUGUUGAUGAACGACAAUGUCUUCUUGCAGCAGCUGCUGCUGCUGCAGAUCAAAAGAAUAGCGGAAUUUUAAGCCGCAAAGCGUGCGUGACGAGAGAUUAUGCGGCUGCUAUUGUACGACUAGUAGAAGAAGAUCACGAGAUGCAGACUGCAGCAGCAGAAAUACAAGUAUUGGAUGUAUGGAGUCUCAUGAUCCGACGAGCUGGAGGCGCGCUGGAAGAUGCUAUUCCCACGGGAGCGCUGGAGAUGCCGCAGAAUUCUGUGCUGCAGAGUUUUUUGGUCGAUGGGUUGCAUUUGAGUCCUGCGGGGUAUCGGGUUGUGUAUGAGGAGUUUGUGGGUCUGAUUCGGAGAGUUUGGCCCGAUCAGACGCCGGAGCGGCUGCCGUUUGUUUUUCCUGCUUGGGAUGAUGAUGUUUGGAAAAGGGUUUGAUUGAUGCGGUGUGAUGUUUUGUAUAUAUUGUAUAUACACUUGGCUAUGGCUUGAACUACAGGUACUUUUGGUAGGCUGUAUAUGACUAUCUGAAAGGAGG